AUACCUCUCUCUCUCUUCCCUUCCUUCCUCCCCUUUAUUCGUCCCUCUCACCUCCUCAUCCUCAAGCCACCAUGGUGAACGGAUAACCUCCCAGCCAUCCUUACACCAUGGGUGCCUGCCUCUGCAAAGGUCACAAAGAGCUCCACUAUCCCAUGACGGUUCGGCAGGAUCAGACUGUGGAGGGUCAGCCAUCAUCUGUCGAGGGUGGCCAGAAUCCGUCUAACGGCAGUGUGGCCGAUAAAAUAAGCGGCUAUGAUAUCGGCCAGCUGGCUACCUCCUCUUUGAUGGGAGUGGUGGCCACAAUAAAGGAGCACAUCACCAAGCCGACGACGAUGGCCCAGGGGCGCGUCGCCCACCUGAUUGAGUGGAAGGGUUGGGGUGGAGGAGGCCAGGGUGGGGGGGGCAUGGGCAAAUGGACCUGCGGGGGGGUGAGUGCUGAGCUGCAGGAGGAUGAACAGUUCUACUCCCAAAUGACGGACGAGAUCAAGGAAGCUCGCUUCGCCGCAGGAGUGGCGGAGCAGUUUGCCCUGGCAGAGGCAGCCAUGAAUGUGUGGUCGAUGACCGACAGCUUAGAGCAGCCCCCCACCAGUUUACAAGCAGCACACAGCCACUUCCUGUCACAGUUCCUGCUGGACGGUGGAAGUCUCAGCGUUCCUCAGCACCUGUACCACAUCCACGCCCAGACUUAUGGCGACAACAGGGGGGCCAACCUCGUCUUUCCCCCAGCGGUGGACCCAUGGGUGGACCCCAUUUCCUCGACGUCCAACAGCCACCAGGACAGAGGUCGCCCCCUGCAGGUGGACAGAGGCACUGUCACUGCAGAGGCUGCCGUCAGACACGUGGACAGCAGCUCACUGUCCGAAGAUGACGUUUUCUAUAACUAGCAGGCCUGCAAUCUUGAUGCCAAUCUCUCAAAUGAGCCUUACUGAGAGGAUUUGAGCCAACAGCAGGGACUGAUUUGAAAGAUAAACACAGACAUCUGUGAGACAUCUCAAGAGGCUAUUUCUCAAAUGACCUGUCUGGGCCCGGUCCUCAGAAACAGAGAACCCAGAUUGUAUUUUCUCCCCUGUCCAGUUUAUACUUUUGUGAAUGUACAUAGUUCGAUUUUAAUUUUGUAUCCAGUGUACAUUACACACUUUCAUAUUAUAGGUAGAACUGAACUGUGAAGAGUCAAAAGAUACUGGUGUUAAAUAUCUUGCUAAUAAACAUCAAUUUUAAUAUA